GGUUGACAGAGCCCGGGGAGUCCCGAGAAGAGCAGGCACCAAGGCCCAUACUCGGACCUUGGACCUCCAGGUCACAUGCAACAUGACCAGCCCCUUUUCCCAGAGCCUAAACGUAAGCAAUGAAGAGGGGCGACAAAGUAGCUGAGCCCCAGGGUAGGCCUGAAGCACGCGGGCAGUGGUGCCCAGAAAGCAGCACCCAACACCCCUGCCCCUACCUCCCAGGACACCCAAAGAAGAGAAGCCGCCAUGCACUUCCAUGAAAGCCUGCAGGACCUGGCAGACAGUGAGGCUGUGCGCUUUCUGAGGAAACCAAAGAGCAUCUCGAGGAUCUGCGGAGGGGUCUUUUCCCUGGUCAUCUUUUCCUCUCUACUAACUGAUGGUUACCAGAACACAACAGAGUCUCCUCAGCUCCACUGCGUCCUCAACAGCAACCGCAUGGCCUGUAGCUUCGCAGUAGGAGCUGGCUUCCUGUCCUUCCUCAGCUGUCUGGUCUUCCUUACCUUGGACACCCAGGAGAGCCGCAUCACAGGCACCCGCUUUAAGACAGCCUUCCAGCUCUUGGACUUCAUCCUGGCUGUCCUCUGGGCAGGUGUCUGGUUUGUGGCCUUCUGCUUCCUAGCCAGCCAGUGGCAGCACUCGAAGUCUGAGCAUUUCCUCUUGGGGAACAGCAGCGCCAAGGCAGCCAUUGCCUUUGCUUUCUUCUCUGUCCCUGUCUGGAUAUUCCAGGCCUACCUGGCCUUCCAGGACCUCCGAGACGAGGCUCCAGUCCCCUACAAGCGCUCCCUGGAUGAGGGUGGUGUGGUGCUGAACACGCUCCCUGCUUCAUCCACCAGUAGCCCUCCCACCACAGUCCCCAACACUCUGAGUUACACCAGCUCAGCCAUGGCCCCCUAUAUGACCACUCCAAAGGCCCCUCGCCUGGCUAUGAUGCCAGACAGCUAAACAGCCUUACAUA